AGAGGGCGCAAUGACAAAAAGACGGUCAAUAGCCGGUGUUGCUGUUGGUGUUGUUGUAGCUAUUCAGAGGUUCGACGCUUAUUGUCGCCUCUGUAAAGCAAGCGCUGGAGCUGCUUGAUUGGUCAUCUGGGCGAUAAGCAGCCUAUCAGGGUACAUAAGCUGUGUACCCGAUUAUGCUGUCCAGUACUAAAGAUGUGCGCUUUUCAGCCUCAGUCUCAUUCUGCCUGUAUCCACGCAGUUAUACAUGCUCCAUUAGAUAUGGAGCUCAAUCUGACAGAUGCAGUGCCAACAAAUCAGCACCUGGGCAAUCAGCACUGCAAAACAAGGCGUCCAAAUUGCAUCGCCUUACGCCUCGAGCUGCCAUUUGCCAUAUCUUAGCGGCUCCGCACGAUGGAUCGCCGCCCGAAGUGGAGUCUCGAUGCUGCCAACGGCUUAUACGAGGACGCCCAAGACACUUUUGCGGCUGCUUGGCCUGUUUAGCUGUAAGCUGCCUCUCUCUCCUCUGUAUGUCUGUAUGUACGGCAUAUUUUUUUUUUUUUUUCGGUCAAAGAUGCCUAUCUGUGUGUUGGCCGCGGAUCAUACAAGGCACAUAUGGGGUGUAAGAGUAAGGCUAUCUCAAUCAACAGAGCAGAAUGAAUACAGAAUAAGUAAGAGACCUAAAAUACAUGAACCAAUGAGGCAGACAGAUACCACGAGACAAGCAACCUAUCAAGUCUUAUAGUAUCAUCCUCCAAUCAUUCAGCUUCUCCAAAUCGCCAUGAAUAGAAGCAUCAACAUUGGUUGCUGUACACACCACCCUCCUCAGCUACCGCAGCCUUGAUGCUCAGAAUUCACAA